AUGGCAGGGUCCAAAAUCACGCUUGGCUCACUGUUGGGUUUGUUCGAUCUCGCCGAUGGAUCAAACCGACAACAGGCUGAGGCUGCAUUGGUGAGCCGUGACCUGCUUGGAAGCCUGUUGGGGCACUUGCGCCUGGGCAUAUCGGUUGAAGAGGCCGAUGAGCUGCUUACAGCGAUAUCAGCUAGUUCUGGCAAGCGCUCUGGUGGAUCUGGCACUGUCCAACUGGCUUUGCUCUACGACAUGAUCGAUCGUGCUGGCCAACCUGAGAUGGAGGGUCUGGUAGUUGAGCUGCGGGAAGCCGCAAGACAGCGGCUGUGGGGAAAGGGGUCCUGCAUCAUGAACGCUGCUGGUUCGGCUGCUGACGAUUGGCUUCCAGAAGUGGAUUUCAGAAAAGGUUUAAAAGCUGCCAUGGCAGACAUAUGGGCAGUGCCAGGCUCCCUUCCAGAGGAUGACGAGGAUCGCUUGGUUCUGCUGGCAGAAAAGGAUGCCGAAGGACGCAUUCUAUGGCGACCAUUCGUGCAGGUUCUAUGCAGCUGGCCAGAUUUGGACGCGGUCAGUGAAGUCACCGAGGAGGUGCCACCAUCGCCUGCUGUGAAAAACAAGCCCCGGUCGCCCUCACCGGCAGCAGCCGUGGCAAGCACCACUGCAGCAGGGACACAGCAAAGCUGGCGGUCGCAAAAGGCUGCCCAAAAAGAAGGGCGUGGGGUGAUAGCCGCAGCUGGCAAAACGGGCUAUGCAAAUCAGCCGCUGUCACCACAAAGCCAACCUCGUGGUUUUUGCUGUUUUCGGCGUCGCAGUUUGUGA